AAUCCAAUCAAUACCUUAGUCCUGGUAGUCAUUUUCUUCCGCUUUCUCUUCCUUCAAAUUUCUCCUUUUUCAAAUGCGACUAAUAUUUUAGGAUUGGGAAGUCAACGUUCUUCCGUUUUAUCUUCUUUCAAAUGCGACUAAUAUUUUCGCUCGAGCAUGAAAUUAAUCUUUUUUUCCUAUAAAUCAGUCAUCAAUGCCAUCAGGAGCUUCUCCACCAGCGAGGAUUAGGUUUCACUUUGUGUUCACCAGUACUUUGUAUCCAGUCCGCCACUCUGAAUCUCCAUCUGCUAGGAUUUUCCCUCCGAGAGCCGAUGGGGCGUGUCACUCAGCUUUUUUCGGAAACUUUGGCGUCGCUGCGGCGCCUCUGGUUCUGCUACGACCACGCCAAGUUCUCAGAGCCCCGCCGUCGCCGUGCCCGUCGCCGUGGCCGUGGCCGUGGCGAUGGCGGUGGCGGUGGCGAUGGCGAUGGCGGUGGCGAUGGCGGUGGCGGUGGCGGUGGCGGUGGCUGGGGGUCUGACGGGGGGUCUGGCGGGGGAUGGAUCGUCUCUGAGAAAGAGGACGACGAAGCUAAUGAAGCAGUCAAAAAACGAGGACGAGGACGUCCGCCGAAGCAACUAUCAGUUGAAGAGGAGGAGAUAAGGCACAAGAAGAAUAUACAAAGGAAUAGAGAUUAUCGGGAAAAUAAGAAGGGUAAAUUCAAUCAUCUUCAGGAACAGCAAGAACUGUUCAUUAAAUUUUGUAAGGAGAAAGGGAUUACUGAAGAGUUCAAAGCCUUUUGUGAAAAAAGGAACCUUGGAAGUAAAGUGAUCCAAACAGGGGGACUAGAGGGUGUCACUGCUGCGAAUUCAAGUAGCUUGGGAGCGAUAGUAGCCCAUCAGGGCGAGAGGCCUGCAACUGCUUACACUACUCCAAGUCAUCCCCCAAUUGAUGGGUUUACGGCUGAGGCUCACCAGAACUAUGGUCAGUCAGUGGCUGCACUGGCUACUCAAGGACUGUUGUCAACCAACAAAGUUACACAAAUACAAAUGAUCAAUGCUGAACUGACAGAGAAGGUUGAGAUUUCCAAGGAUGCACUUGAUUUACAGGUGAGGAACGCUGUGACCCUUGGUUGGAAUUUGUUGAAGAAGCAGCUGCAGUCCUUGCCGCCUGGUUCAGAGUUUUUAGACUUGCCUCUAUUGGAUCCUUCUCUCCAAAACCAGUUCAAUGAAGAUCAGACUUUGAUAGGUCAGGGACAUCCCAUCGAUGACAAAGUUGCCAUGCAAUCUGAUGAUCCACCAGUGGUUGUGCCACGCUCCUUUUUUUCGUUCUACAACUGGUUGGAGAAUGAGGUAGCACGGGAGCCCAAUGCUUUUGCUCCUCUAGGAGAUGCUGCCAACAUAGCUGCAAACGCCAGAGCUAAUAAUGUGGAACAUGAGGAUGAUGCAAAUUAUCAGAGGAUGGAUGAAGCUACUGAGGUUGAUAGAUGUGUUUCGAUGUGGCUACGUGAUCCAGAUGGUGGUGAGGAUCCUUGAAUUUAUCCCUUCUGCAUAGGGUUAAUGCCAACUAUCGUCCCUCUACUAUUAAAAAGAGUUCAAUUUAAACCUUUUUAAUAGUAGAGGGAUGAUAGUUGGCAUUAACCCCUUUUGCAUUUGUGAUCAUUAGUUUGCAGAUGCAAGAUGCCUGCGUGCUUCCUGGGAACAAUUUCACUGCCCCUGCGUAGGCCAAUAAUUUGAUACCGUUGAUACAUUUUCGUUCUGUCUAACCAUCGGAUACUGAAUGUUGGAUUUUUGGUGCUGAAUGUUGAUGGGAGCAUCUUUUUAUUUGA